GAGGGGCAGAGAGAGAGGGAGACACAGAAACUGAAGCAGGCUCUGGCUCUGAGCUGUCAGCACAGAGCCUGACACGGGGCUCGAACCUGUGAACCAUGAGAUCAUGACCUGAGUCAAAGUCGGAUGCUUAAUCGACUGAGCCACCCAGGGUGCCCCUAGACACUUUGUUUUGAAGUAGACAUACUGAUGAACAACAGGUACAGGACAAGGUGUUCAAUGUUACUAAUCAUCAGGGAAAUGCAAAUCAAAAUCACAGUGAGAUACCACCUUAUACUAUUGUUAGAGUGGCUAGCAUCAAAAAGAUGAACUAACAAGUGUUGGCAAGGAUGUGGAGAAAAGGGAGCUUUUUGUGCAGUGUUGGUGGGAAUGUAAAGUGGUGCAGCCACUAUGGAAAACAGUUCCUCAAGAAAUUAAAAACAGAACUAAAAGUAGAAAAAAUUUUACAUUUUCAUUUAAAAAUAUGAACCAGCAAUCCUGCUUCUGGGUAUAUACCUGAAGAAAAUAAAGUCACUAUCUCUAAGAGGUAUCUGCAUCCCCAUGUUCAUUGUAGUAUUAAACAAGAGCCAUGACAUGGAAACAACCCAAGUGUCUGGCAACAAAUGAACAGAUAAAAUGUAUGUGCAUACAAUGGAGUAUUAUGCAGACAUAAAAAGAAAUCCUGCCAUUCGUGACAAUGUGGUUGGACUUGAAGGGCAUUAUGCUAAGUGAAAUAAUGAAAGACAAAAUACUCUGAUCUCAUUAAUGAUAUGGAAUCUAAAAAAACAAAACAUAAUUCAUGGAAAAGAAUGGUGGUUGCAGGGGUGGAGGUAGGCAAAAUGGGUUAAGGUGGAGAAAAUGUAUAAUCUUCCAGGUAUGAAAAAAAGCCUUGGAGGUUUCAUGUACAACAUGGUGGCUGUAGUUAAUAAUACUGUGUUAUAUAUUUGAAAGUUGUUAACAGUAGAUCUUAACAGUUCUCAUCACAAGAAACAGUUAUAAAUAUGUCUGGCGAUGGAUGUUAACCAGACUUACUAUGAUCAUUUUUCAAUAUAUACAUAUAUUGAGUCAUGUUUUACACCAGUAACUAAUAUGUCGAUUAUAUCACAUAUAUCACAUAAAGUGUGGGGGGGCAGAUUUGGGGUUAGAAGAGUGUUGGUAGAGAGUUCACUUUUGGAAAUAUGUAUCAGCUAAUUGUGUAAAUGAAUCUGGAGCUCUAGAGAGAGGAAGGGAUGUUUCAAUCCAGGAUGAGGUCACCAGGGCAAACUUGUGGAGUGAUGAAGCCCCGGUAAAUAGAAUUUAAGAGGUACUUCUGGUUUGAUGGCUUUGGACUUUAAUGUAAAGAUUGCUAUUUGGGGGACGAAGGCAAGCCUGUGACUAGUAUUUUGAGUAAGGAGCAAAUAUAAGCUGUGAGAAGCUGCUUGCUGCUUAUACCACUUACAGGUACUUCAGAGUAUGUUAGCUCUGUUAUUUGUGCUAAAGGUGGACUUAUUUUUAUUGGGCCUUAGAUGGAAUGCAUUUUAACUUUUAUUUGAAGUUGGAUAUAUUUGGCAAUUCACAAAAUUUUAAUAAAGUUACUGUAACCUAGUUGCCAAGACAUAGAAAGGCUAAAAAUUGGUCCAGUGUCCCCAAACUUACAAGAAAGUUAAGUGAACAAAGAAUGUGAUAUUAUGUAAGUAUAAUAGAUAAUAGAUAAUAUUAUGUAAGUAUAAUAGAUAAUAGAUCAUUUAUUUCUCACAAUAAUAAUCCCCAUGGAGUAGUACUGUAGUAUCCUUAUUUUAUAGUUGAAGCUUAGAGUGUCUUUUGUCUGUUCAGACUGCUAUAACAAAAUGCCAUAGACUGUGUGGCUUAUCAACAACAGAAACUUAUUUCUCACAGUUCUGGAGGCUGGGAGGUCCAAGGCACUAGCAUGGUUGAAUUCUGGUGAAGGCCUUCUUCCUGGUUCAUAGCCAGCUGCUUCUCACUGUGUCCUCGCAUGGUAGAAUGGAUAGGGAUCUCUCUGGGACCUUUUUUAUAAGGCACUAAUCCCAUUCACCUCCUAAAGGCCCCACUUCCUAAUACUAUCAUUUUGGGAGGUUAGGGUUCAAAAUGAAUUUUGGCAGGACCCAUGCAGACCAUAACAGAGAGGUUAGGUUAGGUCAUGCAGCCAGAGCAUAACAGCUUCAUGCCAAGGUCUGUGCCUGUAACCACCACCUGGAAUUGGUUUUUCAGGACACAGCAAAAUUUACAUCGGAUAGCUAAGAGUUUGGGUUAACGUUGUUUCUUAUUCUUUUUCACCCCCAAUUUUUUUUUUAAUGUUUAUUUAUUUUGAGAGAGAGAGCACAAGCAUGGGAGGGGCAGAGAGGGAGAGAGAAUCCCAAGCAGGCUCUGUGCUGUCAGCGCAGAGCCUGACGUGGGACUCAAAAACUCACAAACCGUGAGGUCAUGACCUGGGCUGAAAUCAAGAACCUGACGCUUAACUGAGCCACCCAGGUGCCCCAAUGUUUAUUUGUUUUUGAGAGAAACAGCAUGAGUGAGGGAGGGGCAGAGACAGAGGGAGAAAAAGGAUCUGAAGCUGGCUUUGUGCUGACAGCAGUGAGCCCCAUAGGGGGCUUGCACUCAUGAACCCUGAGAUCAUGACCUGAGCUGAAGUUGGAAGCUCAAUGGACUGAGCCACCCAGAUGCCCCUACCCCAGCUUUUUUAUUUGGAAGAAUUCUGAACCUAUAGAAAAGUCGGAAGAGUGAUACACUGAAUAUCAGUAUGACAUUUACCUAUAUUUAUCAAAUAUUUUAUUGCAUUUGUGCUCUCUCACUCUCUUUACCCCCUUCUUCACUCUUCUUUUUCUGUAUCCACCUUUCUCUCUCCCUUCCCUCCCUACACAUAUAUACAUUAUUGUUCAUUGUAUAUCAAGAAUUUUUAUUAGUGUAUUAGGAAAUCUGGAAACUUUUAUUAGCAUAUUACAGACAUUCAGAAAACUUCACCUCAAAAUUUCUUAAGCAUCUAUUGCCUAAAAACAAGUUGUUUUCCUGUAUCACCAUAAUCAUACUAUCAAACUUAUUAUCACAUUCAAAAUAUUUUACAGUGGUAUAAUAGUUAAUGCAAUAGUCUAUACUCAGAUUUGCUCAAUUAUCUCAAUAAUUGAGAUACUGCUUUAUAGCUUUCCUUCCAAUCCUGGAUUUAGUCAAGGAUCAUAUGUUGCAUUUAAUUGUCAUUUUUGUUUUUGUUUUUUUUUAAUCUUUUAAUUCAGAGCAGUUCUCCCCCGUUUUUGUUUUUAAUGUCAUUGAUAUUUUUUAGAGACCAGGCUAGUUAUGUUGAAGAAUGUGUCACAAUUUGGCUUUGUCUUGAUUAGAUUCAGGUUAAACAUUUUUGGCAAGAUGUUAUGUGUGUCUCUGUGUACAUAAUGUCCUUUUGUUCCAUUGUUGGUGAUAAAAAGUUUGGUCACUUAGUUAUGUUGAUGUCAGCUACAUUUCUUCUUUGUAAAGGUACCUUUUCCCCUUUGUAAUUAAGCAGUCUGUGGAAUGAUACUUUUAAAAAUGUGUGACCUUUCUAUUCCUUAAUGUUUUACUCAGUGGUAUUAACAUGCAUUUAUGUUCCUUGCCUGAAUUGGUUAUUACAUUGGUGGUCAUGCAAAAUGUUGAUUCUCUCAUAAAUUCUACGUUUUCUAGUUGGUGGUGUUCUAAAAGGAAGAGUUUUAUUUUUACUCCCCCUCCCUUUUUUUUUUUUUUUUUUUUAAGUUUAUUUUGAGAGAAAGAAAGCGUGUGAGCAGGUGAGGGACAGAGAGAGAGGAGAGAGACAAUCCCAACAAGGCUCAGCCCAGAGCCCGACCUGAGUAAAGAUCAAGAGUUGGACACUUAACUGACUGAGCCACACAGGUGCCCCUCCUUUUUUUGUUUUUGAUGGUUACUGUAGACUUGGUAUUUUUAAAAAAUUCAAUAUGUUAUAAUCUAUUGCUGUUAAAAAUACCAUAUUCAGUAUUAAAAAUACAGCAAAUUUGUUGUAAAUUUGGUCAGUGGGAGCCCUAUCAAACUGAUUCCUAUGUCCUUUUGACGUGAUCCUCUCUGGCACUGCAAGGUGUUUCAGGUUCACUUUGUACUUUACCUGCCCCAGACCUGGAGUAAAUCAUUUCUGCAAGGAACCCUGAUUCCUUUAGUGACAAAUGAUUCCUUAAAAAAAUUUUUUUAAUGUUUAUUAAUUGUGAGAGAGAGAGACAGACAGAGACAGAGUGUGAGUGGGGGAGGGACAGAGAGAGAGGGAGACACAACCCGAAGCAGGCUCCAGGCUUGAGUUGUCAGCACAGAGCCCUAUGCGGGCCUUGAACUCCUGAGCCAUGAGAUCAUGACCUGAGUCUAGGAAACUGACAUGAAGUUGGUUAUUUAUUAUUGUAUUGAACAUUUCUGUUGGGAGUAUAGUUUUUGUGGUUCCUUAUAGAGGUCUGAUGUUUUAGAGAAUCCAAAAAGAGUUAGCCUUAGAAUUAUGAUCUGGUAUACCCCAAUCACUUAUGGUCCAACAGCUUGAGAACAUAUUCCACUCUGGGACUCUACAUGAAACAAGAUAGGUCAGUUCCUUCCACAAAAACAUUUUACACUGAAGGUGAAAUCCAUUAAGCCUAUUGGUAUGUUCAUUGAUGUGGAAACAAAUCAGUUGUAAGGAAAGUCACCAUGUGCUAUUAACCUGUUCUGUUGAAAUAUUUAAAAUCCUGUCCUGUUAUCCCUAUGGAAGAAGUUAUAACCUUUGUUUUUGGAGGAGGGGUGUUAUUCAUUUUCAGAAAUUAUAGGUAAUAUUUUAAUUAACACCAUUACUAGCCUAUCAGUUGAUUAUAUGGCUUAUAUAUUUAUUCUUUUAUGUGGAUGACUGCUCUAGGAUUACUUAAGAAAUUAGCUGCCUGGCAACAUAAAAGUUCAGAUAUUAAAGUGAAUUGCAUGCCUUCCAACUAUUUCUAUUACUUGUCUAAAUUUAGAACCAUGUAGAGUUCCUGCAGAAUUGAAAUCUCUGGGGAUUUUAAUAGUCAAGACAGACAAUAUUCAGCUUUUCAGAGUAAAGAAGAAAGGUAGUUUCAAAUUAAUUUUUGCACUGUCACUCAGACUACUUAAUUAAGACACAGAGUCCAGUGAAAAGUCAGGACUGUUCUGAGAAUUUUAUUUGACUGUUGCUGAAAACUUGUUAGAACCUACGCUCUGGAUGUGAAAGGGAUCAUUUUUUUCCCCUCCUAGGUGAAUUGCUGGGAGCUAUCCACUAUUCUUUCCUUACUGUCUCCCCAAAUUAUGCUUGAUAAGUACAGUUCUUACACUUUACCUGGAUGGAUGAGGCAUUCAUUACAUCUGAGCUAGAGAUCAGACUUGUUUCUUAUAUGUGAUGCCAUUCCAGCACUGGACUCAUGGAGGCUGAACAUUUAUUCAGUAAGCUUCAUGCCCAGUGUGGAUCCCAGUGCGGGGCUUGAACUCGUGAUGCUGAGAUCAAGACCUGAGAUAAGGGAAACCGAGGAACCAAGAGAUUAAGUAACUUGCCCAAGAUCACACAGCUUGUGAGAAUCUUGUGUUUCCAUGUAUUGCAUGAUUGGAACUGUUCAAGGUGUAAAAAUGAACAGAAAAAUCCUGAGUGCUACGUACCCUCGAUGUUAGAGGCAUAAUUAAAUGUCUUCUCUGGAUUGACUUGGGAGCAAUUUUGCCAGGGCGCGGGAAAAGACAGUGUGAACUUUCAAGGUUUGUUUCUGGAGAAGACUUUCCCUUCACUAAAAGUAUACAAACAGGACGACCAUUUUUCAGAUUUGAUGAUUCAGGAACCUGACUGAGAAGGACUAUGGAUGUAGAAGGAUGGAGGAGUCCAUAGAGGCUACUGUAUUAUAUCGAAGAAGAUGUCUAACAGUAACACUACUCAAGAGACCCUGGAAAUAAUGAAAGAAUCAGAAAAAAAACUGGUGGAAGAAUCUGUAAACAAAAACAAGUUUGUAUCUAAGACUCCAAGUAAGGAAGAAACUGAGAAAGAGAGUGAAGAUACUAGUUUGCGUCAGGAGACACAGGAUUAUGAGUCCCUUUUGGACAAGAGGCGGACAUCCAGCCAUGGUCAUGCCAGGAAAAGAGCCAAGUCUAAUUCCAAGCUGAAGUUGGUGCGCAGCCUGGCAGUGUGUGAGGAGUCCUCUGUCCCUUUUGCUGAUGGGCCACUGGAAACCCAGGAUAUAAUUCAGUUGCACAUCAGCUGCCCCUCUGACAAAGAGGAAGAAAAAUCCACAAAGGAUGUCUCUGAAAAGGAAGACAAGGAGAAAAACAAAGAAAAGGUCCCAAGGAAGAUGCUUUCUAGAGACUCCAGCCAAGAAUAUACAGACUCCACUGGAAUAGACCUACAUGAAUUUCUUGUAAAUACACUGAAAAAGAACCCAAGGGACAGAAUGAUGCUGCUAAAAUUAGAACAGGAGAUUCUGGAAUUUAUUAAUGACAACAAUAACCAGUUCAAGAAGUUCCCUCAGAUGACCUCAUAUCACCGGAUGCUAUUACACCGGGUAGCUGCCUAUUUUGGGAUGGACCACAAUGUUGAUCAAACUGGAAAAGCUGUCAUCAUCAACAAAACCAGUAACACAAGAAUCCCUGAACAGAGAUUCUCAGAACAUAUAAAGGAUGAGAAGAAUACAGAAUUUCAACAGAGAUUCAUUCUCAAGAGAGAUGAUGCCAGUAUGGACCGAGAUGAUAACCAGAUCAGAGUUCCAUUGCAGGAUGGAAGGAGGAGCAAGUCAAUAGAAGAGAGAGAGGAGGAAUAUCAAAGGGUCCGAGAGAGAAUAUUUGCCCGAGAGACUGGCCAGAACGGAUAUCUAAAUGACAUCAGACUCUCCAAAGAAGCCUUUUCUUCUAGCUCUCACAAGAGAAGGCAGAUUUUUAGGGGGAACCGUGAGGGGCUGAGCCGAACCUCAAGCAGCCGCCAAAGCAGCACAGACAGCGAACUCAAAUCCCUGGAGCCACGGCCUUGGAGCAGCACAGACUCUGACGGCUCUGUCCGGAGCAUGCGGCCCCCUGUCACCAAAGCCAGCAGCUUCAGUGGAAUCUCUAUCCUCACCCGAGGGGACAGCAUCGGGAGCAGUAAAGGUGGCAGUGCAGGAAGGAUCUCCAGGCCAGGUUUGGCGCUAGGUGCCCCAGAAGUGUGCAACCAGGUCACCUCAUCCCAGUCUGUCCGGGGCCUUCUCCCUUGUACUGCCCAGCAGCAGCCGCCACAGCCACAGCCGCAGCAACUUCCUGCGCUCCCACCCACGCCUCAGCAACAGCCACCCUUGAAUAAUCACAUGAUCUCACAGCCAGUCCCAGCUCUGCAGCCCUCUCCGCAGCCUGUUCAGUUCUCUCCAGGCUCCUGUCCCCAAGUCCUUCUGCCAGUCUCUCCGCCCCAGCAGUACAACAUGGCAGAUGACCUCAGCAACCCCUUUGGACAAAUGAGCCUUAGCCGUCAAGGUUCUACUGAAGCAGCUGACCCAUCCUCAGCUCUGUUCCAGCCCCAGCUUAUCUCCCAGCACCCUCAGCAGACUAGCUUCAUCAUGGCUUCUACAGGACAGCCCCUCCCCACGUCCAACUAUUCCCCCUCUAGCCAUGCGCCUCCUACUCAGCAAGUCCUGCCGCCCCAGGGCUACAUGCAGCCCCCUCAACAGAUCCAGGUUUCUUACUAUCCCCCUGGACAGUAUCCUAACUCCAACCAGCAAUAUCGACCUCUCUCUCACCCGGUGGCCUACAGCCCCCAACGUGGUCAACAGCUGCCUCAGCCAUCCCAGCAGCCUGGUUUACAGCCCAUGAUGCCUAACCAGCAGCAGGCGGCUUACCAAGGCAUGAUUGGGGUCCAGCAGCCACAGAACCAGGGCCUGCUCAGCAACCAGAGGAGCAGCAUGGGGGGCCAGAUGCAAGGCCUGGUGGUUCAGUACACUCCACUGCCUUCUUACCAAGUCCCAGUGGGUAAUGACUCGCAGAAUGUGGUCCAGCCGCCUUUCCAGCAGCCCAUGCUGGUCCCUGCGAGCCAAUCUGUGCAAGGGGCACUCCCAGCAGGGGGCGUACCAGUGUACUACAGCAUGAUCCCACCGGCUCAGCAGAACGGUACUAGCCCUUCUGUAGGGUUUCUGCAGCCUCCCGGCUCUGAGCAGUACCAGAUGCCUCAGUCUCCCUCUCCCUGCAGUCCACCACAGAUGCCACAGCAGUACUCAGGAGUGUCACCUUCUGGACCAGGCGUGGUGGUCAUGCAGCUGAACGUCCCUAAUGGACCCCAGCCCCCCCAGAACCCAUCCAUGGUCCAGUGGAGUCACUGUAAAUAUUACAGCAUGGACCAGCGUGGGCAGAAGCCUGGAGACCUGUACAAUCCUGACAGUAGCCCCCAGGCCAACACACAAAUGAGCAGCAGCCCUGUCACAUCUCCUACCCAGUCUCCAGCACCCUCUCCUGUCACCAGCCUCAGCAAUGUCUGCACAGGACUCAGUCCCCUUCCUGUCCUCACACAGUUCCCCCGGCCUGGGGGUCCAGCACAGGGUGAUGGGCGCUACUCCCUCUUGGGCCAGCCAUUACAGUACAAUCUGUCCAUCUGCCCUCCCUUGCUCCAUGGCCAGUCGACGUACACGGUACAUCAGGGACAGAGUGGAUUGAAGCAUGGAAACCGGAGCAAGAGACAAGCACUCAAAUCUGCCUCCACUGACCUGGGGACAACAGACGUUGUCCUGGGCCGGGUGCUGGAGGUAACAGAUCUCCCUGAGGGCAUCACUCGGACUGAGGCGGACAAACUCUUCACUCAGCUUGCCAUGUCUGGCGCCAAGAUCCAGUGGCUCAAGGAUGCUCAGGGGCUGCCUGGCGGGGGCGGGGGGGACAACGGUGGGACUGCUGAGAAUGGCCGCCACGCGGACCUCGCUGCCUUGUACACCAUCGUGGCUGUGUUUCCCAGCCCCCUGGCUGCCCAGAAUGCCUCCCUUCGCCUCAACAACUCCGUGAGUCGCUUCAAACUUCGAGUGGCCAAAAAGAACUAUGACCUGAGGAUCCUGGAGCGAGCCAGCUCCCAAUAAACGGAGGAGGGGAAGGGACCGGCACAGUAGGGGUGGGGGCAGGGCGGAGGGGGUCGAGGGAUCCUGACAGACUACGGACAGAGGCAGAAAGAAAGGUGACAGACACUGAACUGGAGCCUAAGACAGUGGGGAUGAAGAUGGAAACAGACACUCACACUGGCACUGGACUCCUCGCUCCCCUGCCAUGGGUCCCUUCUUUUUCCCUGGUUGGCCCCCCUUGCUGCCCUCUCCUUCCCAUCCUCUUCUGUCAUUUUUUAUCUCUUCUCCCACCAUGAAAUUAAUUUUUUUCAUAUUUUUUGGUCAGGUAGAAUUGGGAGGGUCCCAUGCUCCCCUAUUCGAUCUCUACCAUCCCAAGUUCCCUUUUCAUUUCUGGUCUUUAUGAAUAUAUUUAUAUGGACAGAAUUAAGAAAAGCAAAAUUGAUUUCCCCUUUCUCUCACUUCUCCCAUCUUGUCUCCCCAAACCCCAAAGAGUUAAAACUUGGGCCUCCCCCACCUCCCAGAACACUUGUAUAUUGUUUG